AUGGAAUAUGUCUAUAUUAUUACCUGUAGUGUGACGUGUAAGGGCUAUGGAAUUUAAAAAGAAGUGAAAUCCAACCAGCAGCCAGAGCUCGUGCAUCCUAUAUAUCUGGAUAUAUUAAUCUGGAAUAACUGGGCCACCAGUCUCGGUGGAAGCCGAAGUGUACCGAAUGGGUGUUUGAUAAACGCGGUAUCAUUGGAUGACACGACCCUUUACAAGAACAUGGGUGAAAAGAAUUAAAAUGGACAUUUUUUCUUUAUCAAAUCAAUGAAUCUGGAAUACUUGAGAUACGUGAUUUAUUCUUAAAACAUUAUUUGUGAAACGCACGUACCAAAAAUUUAAAAUGAAGAUAUUUAAACGUAAAUUUUUAAUAAAACUGGUUUUAACCAUGUUGUUAGUAUGGACGAUACUACUGGUCAAAAUGGCGAUAGACACAUCAGUUCCAAAUUUACACGAGCCAAUCGAAAUGCUUAUAUUUGGCGGGAAACAGAAGCUAUUACGACGGAAUGUAGGAUAUUAUAUAGGCGAGGAUCGUGUGAAGAAAUGGGGAUUUAAACAUAUGCCGAACUUUACCCUGAUGGCAGAAAAAUUUGAUUUAAAAACCGUAGGUGAAAUGGGCGAACCAAUUAUACUAGGACCGCGUAAUUUAACACGUGUAGAAGCUAAGAAGAUGGAUCAUGGUUUUGCUCAACAUGCCAUCAACGAGUACGUUGGUAAUCUCGUGUCUGUUAGACGUAAAAUCCCGGACGCCAGGACACCCGAGUGUAAACGGGUUAAGUAUCCAGAGGAUCUACCUAGAACAAGUAUCAUCAUGUGUUUUUAUAAUGAAGCCUGGACGAAUCUAUUGCGGAGUGUCCAUAGUAUUAUAGAUCGCACACCAGAUAGACUUCUGGAAGAGAUUAUUCUAGUUGAUGAUAACUCCACACUAGAUUAUUUACACGAUCCUCUGGAAGAAUAUAUGAGUCAGUUUCCUAAAGUAAAAUUAGUUCGUACUGGUAAACGUCAAGGUUUAAUAAGAGCUAGAUUAUUUGGUUUUAACCAUACAUCACCCAGAACUUCUAUUGUUACAUUUCUAGAUUCACAUAUAGAAUGUUUUGAAGGAUGGCUGGAGCCGAUGUUGUUGCCUAUAGUGGAGGACUCUAGAGCCGUGACCAUGCCGUGUAUUAAUGCUAUAGACGAUAUGACCUUCAGAGUUGAUACCGGUCAACCAUAUCAAGUUGGGAUGUUUGUUUUACCUAGUCUCAGGUUCGCCUGGAUGACUAUACCCGAACAUGAACAAAGACGACGACGAUCAACGGCCGAUCCCAUCAGAUCCCCUGCUAUGGCCGGUGGGUUGUAUUAA